AUGUGCCUGCUGCUGCUGUGCCCUACGUCGUUGUACGCAUGUGGCCUCUGCGUGACUGCAUGGGCACCGGCCCAGGGCUGCUGCAGCUACCGCUCGGGUCGCUGGUGUUUCUCCCUCGGCGCAUGCGUGUUCGUGCUGCUAUUCGGCUUCACUGCGCUGCUCACCCUGGCGGGUCUCGUCGCCGCUUUCAUGGCUACGCGCUGCGGAUGUGCGCUAGCGGCGGACCUUAAGCAGGCUGGUGUCGCUGCUGUCCUUAGGUAUUUGGUCCAGCUCGUGCAGAUCAACACCGAGGAUGACAGCGUCGCCAGUAAGCUUCUGACCGCCGUCAGCUCCGACUACCUGUUGAAUAUAGUGAAGCGGUUCGGAUCCUGCGACAGCGAGCCUCGCAGUGCCUACCGCUUGGUGGGCGAGCCAUUCGUUCGCAACGCGUCGAAGGCGAUAGGUUACGAGAAGCAGCUGUCUUUCCUCUGGGACGGUUUCGACCAGAAGCAGCUGAACGCGAAACUGCAGUUCAUCAACGGCGGUUCACUGGGGAGCAUUGUCAACCUGAGCGCGCUGUCCGCUCUGGCCACAACUAUGGAGCCGCUGCGGCAGUUCAAACUGCAGGCGUUGAAGGUCGAAGAGAUCGAAACGAAGGUUGAGGACAUCAGCACAAAAGGGGAGUACGCUGAAGAGCUAAAGACUGCGCUCGACGCCAUGGCACGGCAGAUGACUGCUCAGACAGCAUUGUCAUCAGAGCUGACAGAUGCACUCCAGGAUGUGGAUAAGAUUAUUACUGAUCUCAUAGACUGCGAUCUAAAAAAGAAAGUCCUGCAGGAUUCCUUGAAGAAAAUGAAAUCUCUGAUGAAGGUUGACAGCAAACCCGUAGACGUGUUCAAGUCCGAGGCAAUCAUGGCAAUCGGUGACACGAAAAAGCUACAGGACGCGAUAGAUAAGGUUAACCUUCAGGUGCAACCUUACCAGCAAAACAUCGCCAGUGUGGUGCAGUAUUACAGCGAGUACGUCGUAAAUCAGAUGAAAGACACGAUUGCAAACUGUGCACCCGCCUACACCAUGUACCUCUCUUCCGUCAGCGUCAUUUGUGACGGCGUCGUCAAACCUUUUAGUGGCUUCUGGUUCUGCGUGGCGUCGUUCCUUGCCGUGGGCAUGGUAGCAAUGUUCAUGGCACUGUGUAUGUCGACGCUGUACUCUAGGAAGCCGAGGCCACCGAAGCCGAGGCCACCCGAACCGAAGCCGCAACGAACAAAACUAUUUGAGAGCUUCGCGGUGUCCGUUAUGCCGAAGGAGACGCCACUUCCACGCGAGCCAAGCACGACAGAGGUGCAGGAGCGAGUGCCUAAGCGUGAAAAGACCCGGAAGAGCAGCAUCUCGGAGAGCGAGUCCUCAGCUUCGAGCUGCAGGUCUAAACAGAAGAAGAAACAGACUCAAGAGCACAUAACUAGCAGCGGCAGCACAAAAGAAUCCAGCAUUGCAGAAAGGGAAAAAUGA